AGGUGUGGGAAGAAGUGUAUCACAAAGAGACAAAAUUAUUAAAAUAAAAAAUACUACAUCCAAAGAUUAUGCAGCUUCUUCACACGCCUCCCAUUUCACCCUGACGCGGCCUCCUUCUCCUUCUUCUUUCUCACCUCUUAGUCCUUUUCACUUCCUUCCUCUUUCUUCUUCUCCUUCUCUUCUUCUUCCCCGCGCAAGGUUUCGGAUAUACUUUGGAUUCAUGGAUUCCUUGUGAGCCUUUUUCCCCCCAUGUAUAAUUAGUGUUGUGCAAAGCUUUUUGGUUUCGUUUCGUUUCUUAUUUUCUUCUGCAAUGAAACAGAAGAUUGUGAUUUGGUGUUAGGUUAGAAUUGUGCAAAGAUUCUUCUGAUUUCGAUGUACUCAAAGGAGGAGAGAAUAGGGGGCAUUAUAUAAGCUAUGCCGACAUUUACUGCAAUAGCAUUUGAUAGAUUGAUAGAGCCUGGAGCUUCAAAACCUGCUUAUAAAUCUGCUCCGGUGCCAAUGCCUGUCCCAAAGAAGAUUGAGAGGCGAACUAGUGAACCAACCAUAAGGAAGAAGCCCCGUCCUCGUCCUCAAUUAAAGCCAGCACUCUAUGCCACUCCUGAGGUGACACCGCUUCCGGAUGCACCCUCUUCGUUCCCUCCUUCUCCGUACAUCAUCAAUCACAAACGCCGUGGCCCACGCCUGCUGAAGAGUUAUUCUGAGGCCAAUGUGCAGGCCAAGCAGGAGAACCUUGAAAAUGAAAAUGCUAAUGUUAAGAGCAAUGAUGGUGUGAUUACCAGUUUAGAUGGUGAUCUCCAAGUCACUUUCACCAACAUUGAACCUGUUAAGGAGGAGCAGGUGAAUGGCGUGCAUGAUACCGACCUUAGUAGCAGUAGCAACAAUAAAGGUGACCUUGGGGAGGCACAUAGGGAAAGUGAAAGUAGUGGCAUUCUUAAUGGAUCACACUUGGAUAAAGUAGUGGCAUUGAAUUUGGAAAGAGAGGGUGAGAGUGAAGACUUUUUUGAUCCACAUGAUUCAAUGAGUUUAAAAAGUUGCACAGAUGGUGAGGAUAAUACUGGCACAGACCAAGCAUUGAAAUUCAGUGCUGCUGGUGGGGAAUUUUUUGAUGCUUGGGAAGAGCUCUCUUCUGACGGUGGGACUCAAAAUUCACAUCGUGAUAUUGAAGCUGAGUUGCGUGAAAUAAGGUUGAGUCUAUUGAUGGAGAUAGAGAAGCGGAAGCAAGUUGAAGAAACCCUUAACAGCAUGCAAAGCCACUGGGAGAGACUUGGGCAACGGUUAUCUCAUAUUGGAAUUGUUUUGCCUUCAGAUCUUACUGCUGAGGGUGGGCAGCUGAGUUCUGAUCCUAUGGAAGAUGUAUGUCAGCAACUUUACAUUACUAGGUUCAUAUCAAACACUAUUGGGAGAGGAAUUGCCAGGGCAGAAGCAGAGAUUGAGAUGGAAGCUCAAUUACAGUCAAAGAACUUUGAGAUUGCUCGACUAUUGGAACGUCUUCACUGUUAUGAGACCAUGAAUAGGGAGAUGUCUCAGAGGAACCAGGAAGCUGUAGAGAUGGCACGGCGUGAGAGACAAAGAAGGAGUAGGAGGCAGAGAUGGAUUUGGGGAUCUGUUACUACUGCCAUUGCAGUUGGUACUGCAGCAAUUGCGUGGUCCUAUCUCCCUGUGGGUAGAGGAUCAACAUUUUCUGUUCAUGAUCAGGUUCCUGAACAUGAUGAUGCAGCCAACUAAUAUACCAUUAAUACUAAUUUCAUUGCCGAGUUAUGGUAGAGGAGGAGAAUAAAAGUUAUAUGUGCCAUUAUGUGGCUAACAUGUUACAUAUCUCUUACUUGAUCAUUACAAUUUUCCGGCAUCUUGAGUAUGUGCAUAAUUUCUCUAACGUGCCAUUCACUGGAACUCUAGCUAGUACAUUAGUGGAAGGGUUCAGUCUUGAGUUAAUGAAAUAAUAAUACACCAUAGUUUCCUAUGGAUUCUGGGUGCAAAGUAAUUGCUUCGCCUGAUACAUUUCGCUGAUCACAUUUGUAAUAGAUUCUUUAUGCUUGCUUCUCCCAAGCAUUUUAACACCACUAAAGAUAUUUUUUAUACUUGAUGUUGCUUAACCGUAAUAAAGGAAAUCUGGUCAAGCCAUGAUGCGUGCAUGACCUAUUAGAAUUCUUUUCAA